GGUUAUACGCCUAUUAUGUGCCCUAGCAUUUCUUUCUAAUGUAAAAUCUUAUCGUUGAUCAGCUCUCGCCAAACCAAUCUUUACCUGACAACCUCAGUUAAAAACGGUACCAACUAAUCUAGGACCAGCUGGUAGAUGUGCCGUGCUCACGUGACAUCAUUAUUCUGCGACUCUACCGGAAGAGACGUGGCAAAAUGUCAGCAUCUGAAAACAUUCGCAUUUUGUCGAUUUAGAUAACCAACUUGGUAGAGCAGAACAUCAGUAUUUCUACAACACUUUCCUUCACACGAAAAGCAUCGAGGAGAAAGCUUGCGUAACAGUACAGACAGACCAUGGGUCUGUGCAAGUGUCCUAAGAGGAAGGUGACCAACCUGUUCUGCUUUGAACAUCGGGUGAAUGUUUGUGAGCAUUGCCUGGUCUCCAACCACAACAAGUGUAUAGUGCAGUCCUAUCUCCAGUGGCUUCAGGAUAGUGAUUACAACCCUAACUGUCGACUGUGUAAUAACCCACUGAUCUCCCAGGAUACUGUCAGAUUGGUCUGCUAUGAUGUAUUUCACUGGUCCUGUCUUCAUGACCUGGCAGCCCGGUUGCCCCUACACACUGCUCCUGCGGGAUACCAGUGCCCCAGCUGCCAGGGUCCGGUGUUUCCCCCCUCCAACCUGGCCAGCCCAAUAGCUGACAUGCUGAGGGAACAGCUGUCCUUAGUCAAUUGGGCAAGAGCUGGACUAGGCCUACCUCUGAUUGAAGAACCUGUAGAAGCUAUUCAAGACAGCAAACAGGAUGUCACUGAUUAUGCUGACUGGUCCACGUUUGAUGCCCCAGCAUUGGAGACCACUGAAGCUUACCCCACUCACUCCUAUACCCCCAGCCCUAGCCCUGCCCCAACUCUAGUUCCACCUCCAGUACAGGAAGAUCAUGGACAUCUCCACAACAACGGGGCGAUGGUGGCAGAGGAACAACACUCUGGGGUCAACAUGAUCACUGCAACCACCAGUGACACCAUCACCCUACACACAGCAUCAACCCCAAGGAAAGUCUAUGACACACGGGACUCUGGUCCCAGCUCUGGUUACAGCUCUGGACACAGCUCUGUGACACAGAUCGACUUUGACGACGACAAGUACCGGCGACGACCAGCACUCAGCUGGUUUGCACAGAUUCUCAAAAAUCGGACGGGUUCAAAGAGGACAGGCCUGUCCUGGAAGCAGAGGGUCUUCAUGCUCCUUCUGGUUGGAGUGCUGGGAUUCUUUACCUUGAUUAUCUUUAUGGCUAAACUGGGCCGUGCUUCAGCCGACUCUGACCCCAACUUAGACCCCCUACUAAACCCCAACAUCCGAGUGGGCAAAAACUGACCAGCACCCACCUCCAAGUCCUGGUGAGUGUUGAACAUGGGUCCAUCUAAGAUGGUGGGACCAGUAGAGGCAGAGAGGCACCUUCUCUCGCUUAUAUGAAAGAAGAGGACGGGAUGGCGCAAAAUGCAAUAGGCAGGUGCUGAUUUCCUAUGCAUCUACUACUCAUAACUAAUAGGCUGUGUAACCAGCUUUUGUGUGUGUAAACACAUUCAAUUAUUUACAUUGCUUUUAGAGCUACACUACCAGUCAAAGGUUUGGACACCUACUCAUUCAAGGGUUUUUCUUUACUUUUCCUAUUUUUUA